GUCUGGCAUGAUUUCAUCACCCCCCAAUGGCGACGUUGUCAACGCUGCAAAUGGCACAGGACGCCCUUCAGACGAUAAACGCGAUGUUGCCCAGCCGCCUCCCGACGCUUCCUUCGAACGUACUGGGUCUUCCGCGUCAGAGGCCAACUCUACCUCUGCCACGAACACAGAUGCCACUCAUCGCGGUGAAAAGCAGAUCAAGCCAAACAAAGUAUACAUUGGCGGACUCCCCGAACACACCCGCAAGGAAGACCUCGAAAGUUGUUUCGGCAAGAUUGGCAAGAUAGUAGCUAUUGAGCUUAAAGUCGGUUAUGGCUUCGUGGAAUUCGAUAGCCGCGAAGCCGCGGAGGAAAGUGUCGCAAAAUAUCAUGAAGGUUUUUUCAUGGGCAACAAAAUACGUGUCGAGCUGUCUCAUGGCGGUGGGAGAACAGCAAAAUAUAGCAACGACCCUGGUGCUUGCUUCAAAUGUGGCCAGGUUGGUCACUGGGCUCGUGAAUGCCCGAAUUCUACUACUGGGGAUUCCCGCCGUAGUUCUGCGCCGUUGAUAGAUCGUAUUCAGCCUCCUAGGGACUAUCCUCCUCCGCCGCCUCCUCGCGACUACCCCUCGUAUGACUAUGCUAGGUAUCCUCCUCCCAGGGAUCCUCGCUACGGCUAUGACUAUCCGCCUCCUCCACCUGGGCGUGACUUCAGGCGACCACCUUCGCCGCCGCCGCCGCCGCCUCGUGACUAUCGAGAUUACCCGCCUCCUGCUGUUGCGCGCCCCGGUAGAGACAUGGACGAUUACAGGACGAGAGGUCCUCCUCCAUCUCGCUAUGAUGCUCGAUCCGGCUACUAUCCUGAACCUGAGCUUCCUCCCUCUGGUUAUCCCCCGCGCUAUCCUCCGCCUCCGUCUCGUGACUACUAUGACCGCCAUGACAGGAGACCGCCACCGCCUGGCGACAGAUAUGCACCUUACCCUCCUCCACCUGUCAGACCCCGGUCGCCUCCUGGCCCACCUCCGAGGUCUAGGGAAGAUUAUGACCGACCUCCACCUCGUGAUUAUCCUCCUCCCGCUGAAUACCGUGGCCGACCAGCUUCUCCACCCGCUAGAUACGCGGAUUACCCUCGCGGUGCAAGCGCAGAAGCACCUAGCUACCGACGACGCUCUCAAAGUCCUCCACCCCGUUCUGGAUCUGGUGCUGGCUAUGACUCUUACCCAUCUCGCUCUGUUGGGCCGACCUACAAUGGCAGUUCUGGCGUCUAUGCAGGCAACGGCUACUCUGGCUCAGCACCGUCUCGGAGUGGUGCCAACUCUAGGGACUAUCCCCCGCCUCGCUCACGGGACUCCGAUGGUGGGUAUAGAAGGCCCUAAUUGACGCGCUGGUUGUUUGCCAUCUAGAGUUUGAUUAUGUUUAGUGUUUUUCAGUCGUGGAUUUUUGACAUCCUCGUCGUAUCUUAACCUCUCGUAUGAUCUCUUGCCAAUGGUAUUCCUUACUCAAUAUCUGUUAAUUUUACGCGUACCGUGUUCUUGUGUAUUCACC